AUGGCAAACGAUGCACAACCUACUGUUACACUAAUUAAUAUUCUUUUCUCAGUCGAGAACAAUGAACAGACUGGAAAGAGCAUCAACUCGUCACCUGGCAUAAUUCACCCCAUUAUCGCUCUGCCCUACAAGAUAGACGUACGCAAGUUCCGAACGAUGGGCUUCUUUGCGUCGACGAAACCGAUGCAACUGGCAUCGCUACUUGUCACACUCUUUUUGGUUUUUGUACCCACGACGCCGUUCGAAUGGUCCGUCUCCAGCAGCAGAAAUAGACCAGAAGUCAAUCGCCGUGCCAUCGCUGGAUUGUGGAGGUUGACACCGCGAUCACUCCAACACACCUUACCGUUGAAGGAAUUCACCACCUAUCCUAAGGUAGCUCCCCAAGCUCAACCGGUGGAAUCUGAUCUACUGCUCAUGCUGAAAGAAGACGGAUCGUUUCAACAGUAUCUCGACAGCGAUCAGGAUGAGACCACUUUAACUAUGCCAAAAAAAGAUCUAGAUCAAUCGUGGUCAACAUUUACUGCACGCAAGCAAUAUUUGCACGACGUAGCCAAAGGAGUGUGGGAUUUUGUGGACGGUAAACUCAUUUUGGCCGCGGAUCGACCUGAUGUCGAGAAAACGAGGGAUGAUGCGGAGAAACCUCCCGAUACACUGUUGGUAGGAAGAGUCGUCGCCACCUACGAACAAUCCCUUGCAGAAAACCCUAUGCUCGCCGCUAACGACUCGAGAAUGCUGGACGUGAGCGCUUCCGGUUCAAAAAAUACUACCUUGGAAAAAGCUGUGCUUUCUGCCGAGCAUCCAUCGCAAACGCAGAUUUCUCAGUUGGCCACAAACAACCAAACAGAUGCACACCUGUCCGUCCCGAAAGGCUCCGUGAAAGUGGGGCGUUUCUUUUAUCCCAAAUCUCAUCCAUCUUUUUUUGAAACGCCCAUGUUUCACGCCGUUAAGCGGGGCUCAUUCGUGUUGCGGCAAGUACUGGGUUCACUCAAUACCCAACACGGCCAGAACGACCUGGUGGAAAAGUUUCAUCGGGAGAACUUCUAUAACAAGUCGUUCUGGUUGACUUCUCAUCCAAUCGGUCAGCAAAACAAUCGUCCUAAAGGUGAAAAACGAUGGUCCAUCAAGUACAAUAAAUACGUGUACGAUGCACCAAGGGCAAAGUCAUCUUCGCAGUCAAAGCAAGACGUGGAAAAGGACAAUCGUGGCACAAAUAUUCGCGUAAUGCAGGUUCACUUCUACCCGAACGGCACUUUCUCAACUUUGGCGGGUUUGGGAGAUUCGACUAUUCUACGCGGCAAGUACGAUGUUGUAGGUCAGGAUCGCGAUCAAUUGUGGAUGCAAAUAUGGCGGUUCGGUUUUGGACGGGAUGUCUCCGGAAGUACUUAUUCCGAAGGCCGCAUGCUAAACCAGGAUGAUGCAAAAAUGUACUGGGGGAGGAUUGAGGAAGAUGCAGAGCGUAUCUCGGCAGUAGAAGAGGAAUUGGAUGGAGAGGUAGGACAAAAAAUGGACUCCAAGAGGAAGCGCUUGCUUGUGCAAGGAUCUGUGCUCGUCGGAUCGGGUUUGGAGCCUUUGCCUGUGGGUCGCUUCAUACUGCGUGAAAUGGAGGAUGAAAGUAUGCUGCGCGACGACAGUUAUCAGGACGAUGAUGAUGACCAUGAUGACGACGAUCAAGAUGAUUGCGGCAAACCAGCUCGAGAAGACCAAUCGAUGACACCGACAGCGGUAUUGACUGGUCUGGUGGUGCAGCUUUCGAGUGAAUGGUUGAGUAAAUGAUGAAUUGAAUGAAGGCAGAACUUUUCUGCCGUUGUGUAAUAGUAUCUAAAAAAACUUAUAUUGAUUUUC